AACAAACCUCCAGCCCCCCAAAAACUUUCUGAAGUUAAAAGUUUGUUAAACAGUGUGGAUAUUGUUGGGUUACUAAGCGCCUUUAUCGAAGUCGCAUUAGAAAAGUCCAAAGGUCUGAUCGCUCAGGCACUUUUAAGAGCGCGGAGGUGSCAAUUACGCAACUUUGAUUUCUCCUCUGUCGUCUGAGGAAACCAGCGUGGUGCCGGUCGCUGUGCACCUCUGUGGGAUUUAAGAAAACAACAAAACUUUACCAGCUCUUUAAAUCCGACUUUGUGMAACAUGUCAGCCACGCGUGUGCAKCUUAUUUCACCCAGAACCCUACAGCUUCUAAGCCCGGGGCGAAGCGCGCUGUUCUUACCCGGCGGCGGUGGACCGCAUCGGGGUGGCGGUGGUCCCGGGUUCCGCUCACUGAUCUCUCCUCCAAUGUCCUCCUCCUCUUCUCCCGGCAGAGCCUUAUCCAGUUUGAGCACUACGCGACGAGGACUUCCCAAACCAAAAAUGUCCGAUAACGGGACGACGUCCCGGCGCAAGGUGCUGACCAUCGACAACAUGAACCCCACAGUGAAGAAGGUGGAGUACGCCGUGCGGGGGCCCAUCGUGCAGCGAGCCGUGGAGCUGGAGAAGGAGCUCAGUGAGGGAAUGAAGAAGCCCUUCGCAGAGGUCAUCAAGGCCAACAUUGGUGACGCGCAUGCCAUGGGCCAGCAGCCAAUCACUUUUUUCCGACAGGUGCUGGCUCUAUGUUCCUAUCCUGAGCUGCUGAGUGACAGCACGUUCCCAGAGGAUGCAAAAAGUAGAGCAUGUCACAUUCUGAACUCCUGUGGAGGGAACAGUUUGGGUACGUAUGGCUGGGCUGCACCUUUUUUUUUUAUGUACUCGGAAUMCGUUUUCAAUUUAAUAACUAAACCUUGCAUUGCAAAAUUUAAUGCUGACAUUGCACAUUUAUAUUUAGUACAAAGGUUUUCUACCAUGCUGAAGCUGCUGGUGUGUGGCGAAGGUGCAACGCGCACAGGYGUCAUGAUCUCCAUACCUCAGUACCCCCUGUAUUCAGCUGCGCUUGCUGAGCUCAGCGCUGUGCAGAUCAACUAUUACCUUAAUGAAGAGAAGUGCUGGAGUCUGGACAUCGAUGAGCUUCAGCGAUCUUUGGACGAGGCCAGACUCCACUGCAACCCCCGCGCCCUGUGCAUCAUCAACCCUGGGAACCCCACAGGUCAGGUGCAGAGCAGAGAGUGCAUUGAGGAUGUAAUCCGAUUUGCCGCAAAAGAGCGUCUCUUCCUCAUGGCCGAUGAGGUAUACCAGGAUAACGUGUACGCUGAGGGUUGCCAGUUCCACUCCUUUAAGAAGGUUCUGUUUGAGAUGGGGCCAGAGUACUCUGAAACAGUUGAACUGGCAUCGUUCCACUCCACCUCCAAGUGUUACAUGGGAGAGUGUGGCUUCCGCGGCGGCUACAUGGAGAUCAUAAACAUGGACAACGAUGUGAAAGACCAGUUGACGAAGCUGGUUUCGGUUCGUCUCUGCUCUCCUGUUCCUGGACAAGCUCUAAUGGACCUGGUGGUAAACCCCCCUCAGCCUGGGGAGCCUUCAUAUGAGCGCUUCAUCAAGGAACGCACAGCUACAUUAAGUGCCUUAGCAGAGAAGGCCAGACUUACUGAGCAGGUACUCAAUACCGUGGAGGGCAUCCGCUGCAACCCUGUGCAGGGCGCGAUGUACUCCUUUCCUCGCAUUACCAUACCUGAAAAGGCCAUCCAAGAGGCCAAGAAACUUGGUCAGCAGCCGGAUAUGUUUUACUGCAUGAAGAUGCUGGAAGAGACGGGGAUUUGCCUCGUCCCCGGAAGUGGUUUUGGCCAAAGAGAAGGAACGUACCACUUCAGGAUGACCAUCUUGCCACCAACAGAUAAGCUGAAGAUCCUGCUGAACAACGUUAAGGAGUUCCACCAGAGGUUUACCCAGCAGUAUUCCUAAAUUAAAGCAUCGGUUUUACCUCGACUU